AUGAUCGAUCCUGAAGGUGUUGUCCCGGUGUUGACCUUUCUGAAGGAUCACUCCAAUGCGCAAUUCAAAUCGCUCAUCGACAUCGCCGGAAUGGACGUCCCAGCUCGCGUGAACCGCUUCGAGACUUACACGGAUGAGGUAAAUCCCAUCGAUUCUAUCGAACCCAUUUUCAAAGCGGCAAACUGGAUGGAGCGAGAAGUUUGGGAUAUGUACGGGGUCUUCUUCAACGGCCAUCCCGAUCUGCGAAGGAUCCUCACAGAUUAUGGUUUCGAAGGUCACCCGCUUCGUAAAGAUUUCCCCUUGUCUGGAUACACAGAGGUUCGGUACGACGAAGAGGCGAAACGUGUUGUUUCUGAGCCUGUUGAGAUGCAGCAGGAGUUCAGACAGUUCGACUUCGCAAACACAUUCGAGCACGUCCAGGGAGGAGGCAACCUUGCUAGUCUUCCUAAGCCAGAGAGCAAGUAA